AUGGCUAAUCUAAACUGCAGAAAAAGAGUAAGUUCUCACAGGGGCUCUAGAGCUCCCUCCUGGGCACAAGCCAUUGCUGACUCUGCAGCUUCUCCACCCUAUGCUAUGCUAGGUGCUGGAUAUUCUAUUGUUAUUGAGAAACGCUACUCACAUUUUCCAAUUGCUAUUGCCAUGGGGGACCUCAAACAUGAGAAAGGGCAGACGGCACCCACUUUGCGAGCAGGUGUAGGGAUCCAAGAUUCCUCUCCCACCGCUCUAUAUUCCCAGGUGCUGAGCAGAUCACGUCACCCCCAGUUUAGGGCAGCUCAGGGACCAGAUAUCUGUGAGCAUGCAGAGAUCAUUCAAAGUGAUCCCAAACUACCGGCGGGGAGGCGGAGCGGGUGCAGAGGUCCCUUCCUCCCUCCCUUCUGGAGCGGUUUGGGCGCAGAGGCUUUGGGGAGAGGAGUAGUGCUAGUAGAGACCAGAAGGAGGCAGGCAAACGAGGGAUCUAAGACCUUGCGUUCCGCUCCCACCAAUCCCGUCAGGGACGUGAAGAUGAGGCAGCGCGAGAGGAGGAAGCGUCCUUAUGUUGCUAGUGUGCCUCAACUUGAUUUUGGAAAACUGUUGGACUCUGAUGAUGAGGAUAAUCCUACAUAUUUUCCUCUUACUACAACUCGUCUUCAUUCUGCUGCACCAAAUUUAUCGACUAUGAAUUGGGGCUUGCCUUAUACUGACAAUCAUCCAAAAGAGAUAGCAAUACCGGAGAAUUUGCCAUCCCCAACUCAGAAAUAUAAACAAAAAUAUCGCCAAUAUCAGGCAGAAAUGAAAGAAGGAUAUAAGCAGUAUAUUCAGAUAAAUUCAGCGAAGAAAAAAUCGAAUGUUCCAUGUCAGCACACUCCGAUGAUUAUAAAUGAAAUGAAUGCCCAAGCAGAAGAACAGGACCGUAUUACAGAUUUGGACAAGAAAGCCCUGUUGCAACUGUGUUAUACAAGCAGCCUUUUCAAUGUACGGCAGAACCAAAAGAAAUCAGAAGCUGAAGUUGUAGCUGCUGAGAAGAAGAAGCGAGCUGUAGUUGAGCAAGUAAUGAUAGAUCAGCUAUCUAGAGCGGUCAUCAGUGACCCAGAACAAAAUUCAGUAUUUGGUUGCCAACAGAUAAAUUGUCUUCCUCUUUUCUUUGAGAGGGCACCUCUCCAUCUUAAGAAACGAACACUCCAUGAAACAAAGAUUAAAACCCGGUCAACAUUAACUGAAAAUACACUUUUUAACAAGUUACGAUUUGAUGCUCGUAUUUUGUCAAGGAAUGGACGUGAUGCUUGCAGAGAGCUGAUGGGGUUCUUUUUUGCACAUGACAAGUCACUUACUAUUUAUGAGUAUCGACAAUUUGGUAACAAUAGAACAAAUGCACUUCCCUUUAUUCACAAAAACAUAUAUAGUCAUCAGCAAGGACGAAGAAAAGGAAGACAGUAUCAACUUCGAGACUUUUACGUUGGUGCUAACCUGACAUUUUUGAGUUUGGAUCAUGCCGCUCUUCCAGAAAGCAUCAGAGAGUAUCCAUUAAUUACUCUUCGAAUUACACAUGUUGAUCAAUUAGCCUUGGAUAGUCUCAGAAAAAAUUUUAUGGAGAAUGGAGAUGAUUUGACUGAACAAGAAGCUAGUGACAGAACUGUCUUCAAGCAUAUACAAGAUAUAUUGAAAGAGAAAUUACAUCAAAAAGCUGUUCGUAUUCUGACAGGAUUUGGAAAACACUUGAGGCAAUUGGAUAAGAAAGGGAAUGGACUUCUGUGUAAGGCCAAUUUUAAGCAGGCCUUAAAAGCAUUUCACUUAGAGCUGCCUGAAAAGGACUUUGAGAUUUUGUGGUCAAUUCUGGAUAUCAAUGGUAAUGGUCAAGUUGAUUGCAGAGAAUUCAGACAUGCCAUUUUUGGUGAAAUGAAUGAAUACAGAAAAACAUUUCUUCGAAAAGCCUAUAUGAAAUUAGACUUCACCAAAACUGGUAGCGUGGACAUGGUAGAAAUUAGAAAAUUCUAUUGUGCAAAGAAACAUCCUUAUGUAAUAGCAGGCGGGGAGCACUGCUCGGACCCACCCAAAGCUCCAUGGUUUCCCCAGACCUCUGUGAUGGUGACUGUGGGCUCUGAUGCUGACGCCUGGUGUACAUCUCGCAACAUGAAGGCAGGGAGCCCGGCUGGUUGGCAGUGGGGGCUGUUUCUGUGCCUUCCCCAGUUCAGCGCUGAGGGAGGCGGCAUAGCCACCUGA